AUGGACAGCAGAUACAGUAAAUGCAUGUGUAUCGCUAACAGACAAAUCUGGAGUUCCUGGAGUGAUGAAGUGUCAUUUACUGUCAUCGACUCUAAUGAGAAAGAGUUCAAGAUUACUGCAAUGAAGAGCAGAUACAGUAAAUGCAAGUGUUUCGCAAUCAGCACAUCUAGAGGAAUCACCACUGACUGGAGUAAUGAAGUGUCAUUUACUGUCAUCGAGAGACCAAAACCUGAAGUGCGUGUAAAUCCAGAUCAUCAUGUGUUCAGAGGAGAGACAGUCACUCUCACAUGUGACAUACAGACACAAACACACACUGAGUGGAGAUACAGCUGGAUUAAAGAUGAUUCAGUCAAUCCAGUCAGCACUGAGAGAGUGUACAGAAUCACAUCUGACAAAUCUCACAGUGGUAAAUACAGCUGUAGAGGAGAGAAAAUCAGAGACUCACAGAGAUCAGACAUCAGUGAUGCUGUUACACUGACUGUAUCAGACUCAAAGCUCAAUCCUGAACUCACAUCAGAUACUGCAGGAGCUGCACUGACAGGAAACACGGUGACUCUGAUCUGUAACGUGACUCAGACCGCUGGAUGGGACUUUUACUGGUACAAACACACACAGAACUCUGAGAAAAACAAGACAGAAACAAACUCCUACAGAGUCCAUAUUGAUUCAGUGUCUGAUGGAGGUCAGUACUGGUGUAGAGCUGGAAGAGGAGAACCAGUUUACUACACAAACUACAGUGAUGCAUUGUGGGUCAAUGUCACAGAGAGACAAAAACCGGAAGUGUCUGUAAAUCCAGAUCAUCAUGUGUUCAGAGGAGAGACAGUCACUCUCACAUGUGACAUACAGACACAAACACACACUGAGUGGAGAUACAGCUGGAUUAAAGAUGAUUCACUCAAUCCAGUCAGCACUGAGAGACUGCACAAAAUCAUAUCUGACAAAUCUCACAGUGGUAAAUACAGCUGUAGAGGAGAGAAAAUCAGUGACUCACAGAGAUCAGACAUCAGUGAUGCAGUUACACUGACUGUAUCAGAUAAACCAACACCGGCUGUGAUUGUGUCGCCCCAGAGUUCAGUGUUCACUGGAGACACAGUUACUCUGAGCUGUAAGUUCACACACUCAACUGGAUGGACGAUUCACUGGAAUAAAGACUCAAACUCCGAAUCCAGUGAUGCUGCAGGAACUAAAACAAUCAGAUCAGUGAAAGUCUCUGAUGGAGGACAGUACAGAUGCAGAGCACAAAGAGGAAACUACUCCACACAGUUCAGUAACACAGUUCAAGUAACAGUUGAAGAGAGACCAAAACCUGAAGUGCGUGUAAAUCCAGAUCAUCAUGUGUUCAGAGGAGAGACAGUCACUCUCACAUGUGACAUACAAACACAAACACACACUGAGUGGAGAUACAGCUGGAUUAAAGAUGGGACCAUCAACAUUCUCAAUCAAUUCACAAAACAAGAGUGUGAAAUAAGCCGUGUUGAAUUCUCCCAUCAAGGUAAAUACAGCUGUAGAGGAGAGACAAGAGGAUCACGCUACACACACACCAGUGAUGAACUUACACUCACAGUAUCAGAUUUGCCCACAGCUAAACUCACUGUACAUCCAGAAACAUCUGUUUUCACUGGAGAGACAGUGAUCAUGAAGUGUGACAUUGAGUCUGAUUACAGUAACUGGAGAUAUGAGUGGUAUAAAGACAGAACUGUCGUGUCUGAGUCUGAGCGUUACACUGUAAACACAAACACUCUCACUAUCAGAGGAGCUACUGAGUCUGAUCAACAUCAGUUCUGCUGUCGAGGAAAGAGAGAUGGAAGACCAGCAACAUCACAGAACACAAGUGUUAUUCUUUCUGUUAAAGACUCAAAGCUCAAUCCUGAACUCACAUCAGAUACUGCAGGAGCUGCACUGACAGGAAACACGGUGACUCUGAUCUGUCACAUGACUCAGACCGCUAGAUGGGACUUUUACUGGUACAAACACACACAGAACUCUGAGAAAAACAAGACAGAAACAAACUCCUACAGAGUCCAUAUUGAUUCAGUGUCUGAUGGAGGUCAGUACUGGUGUAGAGCUGGAAGAGGAGAACCAGUUUACUACACAAACUACAGUGAUGCAUUGUGGGUCAAUGUCACAGAGAGACCAAAACCUAAAGUGACUGUAUAUCCAGAUCAUCAUGUGUUCAGAGGAGAGACAGUCACUCUCACAUGUGACAUACAGAAACAAAAAAAGAUUGAGUGGAAAUACAGCUGGUUUAAAGAUGGGACCAAUCACUCCUCAUACUCAUCGACUCAAAAGUUCAUGAUCAGUUCUGUUGAUGUGUCUCACAGUGGUAAAUACAGCUGUAGAGGAGAGAAAAUCAGAGACUUACAGAGAUCAGACAUCAGUGAUGCUGUUACACUGACUGUAUCAGAUAAACCUGUUCUGACCGUAAAUCCUGAAACAUCACCGAUAUUCAGAGGAGAGACUGUCACUCUCACAUGUGACAUACAGGAGACACGAGUGACAGACUGGACAUACAGAUUUCAGUGUGAUGGUCGAGAUGUUCAAAACUCUAAAAAGAAAGAGUUCCAGAUUACUGCAAGUUACAUCAGAUACAGUAAAUGCUGGUGUAUCGCUAGAAGAACAUCUACACAAUUCAACACUUACUGGAGUAAUGAAGUGUCAUUUACUGUCAUCGAUAAACCUGUUCUGACUGUAAAUCCUGAAACAUCACCGAUAUUCAGAGGAGAGACUGUCACUCUCACAUGUGACCUACAGGGGACAGAAGAGACAGACUGGACAUACAGAUUUCAGUGUGAUGGUCGUGAUGUUCAAGAGUCUAAUGGGAAAGAGUUCCAGUUUACUGCAAGUUACAGCAGAUACAGCAGAACAUGUUGGUGUUCCGCUAGAAGAACAUCUACAGAAAUCUGGAGUCCCUGGAGUAAUGUAGUGUCAUUUACUGUCAUCGAUAAACCUGUUCUGACUGUAAAUCCUGAAAAAUCACAGAUAUUCAGAGGAGAGACUGUCACUCUCACAUGUGAUGUUCAGGGGACAGACUGGACAUACGGAUGGUUUUGUGGUCGUGAUGUUCAAAACUUUAAUAAGAUGAAGUAUGUCAUUAACAAUAUUAGUGAACGAAACAACCAGAAAUGUAAGUGUCGAGGUAUCAGAACAUCAAGGCCGUUCUCCUCUGAUUGGAGUGAUGAUGUCACUCUUACUGUCAUCGAGAGACCAAAACCUGAAGUGCGUGUAAAUCCAGAUCAUCAUGUGUUCAGAGGAGAGACAGUCACUCUCACAUGUGACAUAGAGACACAAACACACACUGAGUGGAGAUACAGCUGGAUUAAAGAUGGACACAUUCACUACUCAUACCCAUCGACUCAAGAUCUCAAGAUCAGUUAUGUGUAUGUGUCUGACAGUGGUAAAUACAGCUGUAGAGGAGAGAAAAUCAGAGACUCACAGAGAUCAGACAUCAGUGAUGCUGUUACACUGACUGUAUCAGAUAAACCUGUUCUGACUGUAAAUCCUGAAACAUCACCGAUAUUCAGAGGAGAGACUGUCACUCUCACAUGUGACAUACAGGGGACACGAGUGACCUGGACAUACAGAUUUCAGUGUGAUGGUCGAGAUGUUCAAAACUCUAAAAAGAAAGUGUUCAAGUUUACUGCAAGUUACAUCAGAUACAGUAAAUGCUGGUGUGUCGCUAGAAGAACAUCUACACAAUUCAACACUGACUGGAGUAAUGAAGUGUCAUUUACUGUCAUCGAGAGACCAAAACCUGAAGUGUGUGUAAAUCCAGAUCAUCAUGUGUUCAGAGGAGAGACAGUCACUCUCACAUGUGACAUACAGACACAAACACACACUGAGUGGAGAUACAGCUGGAUUAAAGAUGAUUCAGUCAAUCCAGUCAGCACUGAGAGAGUGUACAGAAUCACAUCUGACAAAUCUCACAGUGGUAAAUACAGCUGUAGAGGAGAGAAAAUCAGUGACUCACAGAGAUCAGACAUCAGUGAUGCUGUUACACUGACUGUAUCAGACUCAAAGCUCAAUCCUGAACUCACAUCAGAUACUGCAGGAGCUGCACUGACAGGAAACACGGUGACUCUGAUCUGUAACAUGACUCAGACCGCUGGAUGGGACUUUUACUGGUACAAACACACACAGAACUCUGAGAAAAACAAGACAGAAACAAACUCCUACAGAGUCCAUAUUGAUUCAGUGUCUGAUGGAGGUCAGUACUGGUGUAGAGCUGGAAGAGGAGAACCAGUUUACUACACAAACUACAGUGAUGCAUUGUGGGUCAGUGUCACAGCUCAACGUCCCUCAGUGUCUCUGAUCAUCAGUCCCAGCAGAAGUCAACACUUCUCAUCUCACUCUCUCUCUCUGAACUGUGAGGAUCACAAUAACUCCACUGGAUGGACAGUGAGAAGAAACACAGACAGUGAGAGAAUGAAAGAUUGUUCAUCUACAGGAUCUACAUGUGAAAUCAGCUCCCUUAAAACAUCUGACACUGGAGUGUACUGGUGUCAGUCUCAAUCUGGAGAACACAGUCCUCAUAUUAACAUCACAGUACAUGAUGGUGAUGUGAUUCUGGAGAGUUCUGUUCAUCCUGUGAUUGAGGGAGAUACUCUGACUCUACACUGUUUACAUCGAUCUACAAACUCCUCAAUCCUCACAGCUGAUUUCUAUAAAGAUGGAUCACUCCUCCAGAAUCAGACGACAGGAGAGAUGAGCAUCCCUACUGUCUCAAAGUCACAUGAGGGUUUCUACUCCUGUAAACACGGAGAGAGAGGACAGUCACCCGAGAGCUGGAUCUCAGUCACAGAUUUGCCCACAGCUAAACUCACUGUACAUCCAGAAACAUCUGUUUUCACUGGAGAGACAGUGAUCAUGAAGUGUGACAUUGAGUCUGAUUACAGUAACUGGAGAUAUGAGUGGUAUAAAGACAGAACUGUCGUGUCUGAGUCUGAGCGUUACACUGUAAACACAAACACUCUCACUAUCAGAGGAGCUACUGAGUCUGAUCAACAUCAGUUCUGCUGUCGAGGAAAGAGAGAUGGAAGACCAGCAACAUCACAGAACACAAGUGUUAUUCUUUCUGUUAAAGACUCAAAGCUCAAUCCUGAACUCACAUCAGAUACUGCAGGAGCUACACUGACAGGAAACACGGUGACUCUGAUCUGUCACAUGACUCAGACCGCUGGAUGGGACUUUUACUGGUACAAACACACACAGAACUCUGAGAAAAACAAGACAGAAACAAACUCCUACAGAGUCCAUAUUGAUUCAGUGUCUGAUGGAGGUCAGUACUGGUGUAGAGCUGGAAGAGGAGAACCAGUUUACUACACAAACUACAGUGAUGCAUUGUGGGUCAGUGUCACAGCUCAACGUCCCUCAGUGUCUCUGAUCAUCAGUCCCAGCAGAAGUCAACACUUCUCAUCUCACUCUCUCUCUCUGAACUGUGAGGAUCACAAUAACUCCACUGGAUGGACAGUGAGAAGAAACACAGACAGUGAGAGAAUGAAAGAUUGUUCAUCUACAGGAUCUACAUGUGAAAUCAGCUCCCUUAAAACAUCUGACACUGGAGUGUACUGGUGUGAGUCUCAAUCUGGAGAACACAGUCCUCAUAUUAACAUCACAGUACAUGAUGGUGAUGUGAUUCUGGAGAGUUCUGUUCAUCCUGUGAUUGAGGGAGAUACUCUGACUCUACACUGUUUACAUCGAUCUACAAACUCCUCAAUCCUCACAGCUGAUUUCUAUAAAGAUGGAUCACUCCUCCAGAAUCAGACGACAGGAGAGAUGAGCAUCCCUACUGUCUCAAAGUCACAUGAGGGUUUCUACUCCUGUAAACACGGAGAGAGAGGACAGUCACCCGAGAGCUGGAUCUCAGUCACAGGUGAGAUGUCAGCAGAUCAGAUUUGUGUCUUACACACUCUCAGUUCUCUUCUGGCAGUUUGUCCAUAUCUGAUGGCGACAGUCGUGCUGGUGUUCAAAUGCUACAGAGCGAGAGUUUCAUCUGUUGAAGAUCAAAGUCAGUUUGCAGUAACAGAGGAAGAAACUUCAAUCUGA